GAGGUGCGGAAGCGGGCUCCGCUGAGGGCGGCCGUGCGGGCCGGGCUGCGGCGCGAUGCGGGGCGGCCGCAGCCUCUUCCCGCUCCCGUUACUGCUCCUGGGGCUGCUGUGGGGGCUGUGUCAUGGCAGGGAACCGUCCCCGGGCGCCGUUACCUGCGGUUCGGUACUGAAACUUCUUAACACCCGCCACAGCGUGCGGCUCCACUCGCAUGAGGUCAAGUACGGCUCCGGAAGUGGACAACAGUCAGUGACAGGAGUUGAAGCUUCUGAUGAUGCUAACAGUUACUGGCGGAUUCGUGGGAAGAGUGAUGGCAGUUGCCAGCGUGGAACACCAGUGAAAUGUGGGCAAGCUAUACGUCUCACCCAUGUAAACACAGGAAAAAACUUACAUACUCACCACUUCCCAUCACCACUCUCCAAUAACCAAGAAGUAAGUGCCUUUGGUGAUGAUGGCGAAGGAGAUGACCUGGAUAUCUGGCUCGUGCAGUGCAGUGGGACUUACUGGGAGCGGGAGGAUGCGGUGCGCUUCAAGCACGUGGGAACUGAGGUGUUCCUGUCAAUAACAGGGGAACAGUAUGGCCAUCCCAUUAGAGGCCAACGAGAAGUUCAUGGUAUGCCUACUGCUAAUCAUCACAACUAUUGGAAAGCAAUGGAGGGAAUCUUCAUCAAACCCAGUAUGGACCCUGCAAAACAUGAUGAGCUCUGAAUUGACACAGAAUCUGAAAUGCUUCAGCUUACUCCAAUGUUUGGAGAUGUUUGUCUUUGGUCUCUUGUAAGUCCUGCCUUGCCUAAGUGACUGACUUUAUUACUGAAGGGCAUUAGUUCAUUCUAGGAAUGCAGCACUUCUGUGGGGAACUUCUGCCAGGUUCAGCCAUUGAAAUUUAUUUGGCAGUAUCCUCUCUGAAUUUUCAGUCUUGAUUGGUGAAACUAGGUGAUACAUCUGUUAGUUCUCACUGUGAUUUGUUUUGCUUGUUACUUUUUCUCCAAUUCAAAGGAAAUGGAAAAAUGGAAGUAAUACAUUUCUAUAGUCCCAAGUACAGUAAGACUUUGUAUUUUGUAAUUGCUUUCAGUUACAAUGAAAUAUUUGGAAACUGAUUUCUAGUUCGUAGUGAUAGAAAGUUAUUGAUGAGGAGGUGGAGUAAGUCUAGAAAGGGAAAAAUAGUUGUCAAAUGUGGUGGCUUUUGAAUUGCUUGAAUUCAGCCCUUUGACUUUCCAGAAAAAAAAAAAUGUUGUCCAUUUGAAAAUCGUUUCCAGUGUCUUUCAUGAGUUUCAUUAUGCUCGGUAUUGGAGGAGUUGAAAAUAUUGCACAUGUUGGAAUAAGAUGACAAAGUUUUAAUUUAUGCACUUUCUCCAGGAAGUUCAGGUUUUCUGGUAAUGAUGACACUUCUAACUGUCAAAUGGUAAGACUGCUCUGCUCUAUGAACUUGUGCAGAAAGCUACUGUUAAUCAGUAUUAGAAUUUUAUAAAAUUCUGUGUGUUGCAAAGGAACAGUUGAAUUUGAUUUAUGUUUUACUUGCAUUGUCACUCUGCAGAACCAGUAUGAGAACCCAGGUGAAUAAGUAGGGGGGCACUUACUCAUAUGAGGGGGUUUUUAUGUGUGAACACAGAAGAAGAGAAAAGAAGAAUUUUAGACAAUGGUUUGCUCCUGAAUUUUUGACAGAGUGGUAGGCUCUGGAGUGCUAGCAAGGAAUCUUCAUUGAACAAGUUAUUAAUUUCUGUGUUCCUCUCCCACUGUGAAGAGAAUAAAACUUAUUCCUGAA